UGGUCCAAUUGUCAUUUUCCUGCACAUCUUCUUCGGUCAAUCUUGUCGCCACCGUCAACCGUAUAGGUACUGCCUGGUUCCGUCUCCAUCGGGAGUUUUCCGUCGUUUGAACUGUUCCUCGGUCCUGUGUGUGCCUGUGUAUAUGUAUGUGUGUGUGUGCUGUGAAGUGCUGCUGAAUUUACACUAUCAAUUGCCCUUCCGACGCACUGACGCGUGAAUCGUUGUGGCUUCGUGCAAAACGUGAUUCCUUGUCGCGUACUACCGGCCACCCAUCCUUAUCCUUCACCGUCUUUGUCCAACGAGCGGUUCAGCUUCAAAGGGCAGUGCAUCUGCGACCAGUGUAUUCCUGUGUGCGUUUGUGCGUGCGUGUGCGCUUGUCUCUGAAUUCAACGGAAAAAAUGGCAGCCGUGAUGAGUGAGAAGAUUCUGGCCGCAAAGAAUAUCGUAUGCGACAUCGAAGGGACCACCACGUCAAUUUCGUUCGUAAAGGAUACUCUUUUCCCGUAUGCACUGAAAAAUGUGGAAGAAUAUCUGAAAAACAACUGGAACGAAGAUGCCACGAAAACGGUUGUGGCCGCUUUGCGCGAACAGUCGGAAGAGGACAAAAAGGCGGAAGUGGAAGGUGUGACGACGAUCUCUGCUGGGGAAUCGGAAGAUAUUAUUCCGGAGAUUGUAAAAAAUGUGGAAUGGCAAAUGUCAAAGGAUCGUAAGACGGGCUCGCUGAAGACCUUGCAAGGAUUGGUAUGGGCGAAGGGCUAUAAGGAUGGCACCAUCAAGGGACAUGUUUAUGACGAUGUGCAGAAGGCAUUUGAGAAGUGGACGGAGAGUGGUCGCAAGAUCUACAUCUACUCGAGUGGCAGCGUCGACGCUCAGAAGCUGUUGUUCGAGCAUAGCGAGCAAGGCAAUCUGCUGAAGUAUCUCGCGGGGCAUUACGAUACCAAGAUUGGCGCCAAGCGCGAGAAGGCAAGCUACGAAUCCAUCCUGAAGAACAUUGAAUCAUCGGGCGAGGAAGCGUUGUUCCUUACUGACGUAUACGCAGAAGCAAAAGCGGCUAAAGAGGCUGGUCUCAAUGUGGUGCUGCUCGAUCGCCCCGGGAACGCGGAACUGUCCGACGAGGAACGCAAAGAGUUUACCGUCAUUACCACAUUUUCAGAUCUAUCAUUCGAAGCAGUGCCAAAGGAGGAGAAUGGUGGUGCUGCUGUUACCAACGGCAAACGUAAAAUCGAGGAAACGACCGAAGUUUCCGAGGAGGACCAAGCACAGGAACCACCGUCCAAGGUGACCAAGGUCGACGGUGAUAAAAAGACGGAAGCAACCGAAGAGAAUGGAACCACAGAAAAUAAGGGCACGGUCGAUGAGGCUAAGCCGCCCUCUACCGCCACAGACGACUCUGCUCAACCGAAACCACCCACUGAGGCGAUGGAAGUUGAUGGAGGAGAAACACCUGCCAAGAGUGAUUUGCCCGUAGAGGAGAAAGUGGUAGAAAAAAUGGAAGAAGAAGAUUCACCGGUGGAAACGCCGAAAGUAGAAACCGAAAAGAUGGAUUUAGAUAAACCUGACGCACCGGUUGAACCGGAGAAACCGAUUGCUGCUGCUGAGACCAGUGAAAAGACUGACGAUAAAGUGGAGAAGAAAGAGCCAGAAGUGACUGGAGAUGAGGAGAAAGUAAAGGAAAAGACGGCUGAAAAGAAGGAGGAUAGUACGGUUAAAGCUGACGAAAAGGAGGCAGAAUCAAAGGUAGUAGAUGAAAUUGAUGGCGGCAAGAAGGAUGUGAAACCACCGGCCGAAGAACAGAAAGAUGAUGUUAAAGAAAAAGAAGUUGAAAAACAAACAAAGCCAGUAGAGGAUAAGGUGGAGGCAGUUGUAGAUUCGACGGAAGUAGUUGCUACUCCCGAAGUGGCGUCCGAAGAUAAGAAGAAGGAGGCGGAAAAGCCCGUUGAAAAGGAAGCGACUGUUGUUGAGACGGAAAAGGAAGCUAGCAGUAAGGUGGUGGAAGAGGCCAAGGUUACCAGUGACAUUCCAAGCAAAGAUAACAUUCCGGUGGAGGAGGUGGCCACCACCACCUCUACUACUACUUCUACCACUGAAGCUAAGGCAAAAGAUGGUGCUGCAACAGUGGCAGAGGAUGUUAAAUCCACCGCCGCCGCUACUACUACUGAUUCAGUAGAAGCGGAAAAAUCAAACAGUGAUAUCGUUUCGACGACAACCGAUACGGAAGAGACAGGAACUAGUAAGAGCACUAGCGAGGGUGAGGCAGAACCGGUAGCAAAAUCGGAAACAGAGGUAAACGGCACAGCAGAUACGGAGUCGAAAGUGACCACUAACGGUGGUGCUGGUAGCAGCAGUGUAGCUGAGGAGGAGAAAAAUGGUGGCGGCGAUAGUGACAAAGAAAAUGACACUUCGCUCAACAACUGUGAGGCGGCGGCGGAGGAAGUGAAUGGUGAGAAAACGAAUGGUACCGCCACCACUACCGUCGCUGCUACCACUACUGCUGCCACUACCGAAAGCAGCAGCACCGAUGCCGAAGAAGUCACCUCCACUGAAAUUAAGGCCAAAAAGGAAAUUGAACCGGUUGUGGCAGCAGCGCCAGUAGUUACGCCGGCACCACCGAUCGAGGCAGAAUCAUAAGCCGGAAAUGGUUAUCUCGUUCUUUCCCAGCUGCCGGGCAUUUGAUUGACCAGAGUCGUCCGCACUUAUACACGAUCGGCCAAGCAUAUUAUUCCUUUCUUUCAUUUUAAUAGCGGCGCUUAGUAACGGCGUUAGUAAAUAGUUUGAACAGCAUCCUCCUUCGCAAGAACAUUAGCAAAGAAGAUCUGUAUUGCUGGGACAGACGCGUACUGAUUGUAACGAAGAAUCUUUAAACUUAAUGACGCAUUAUCUUCACCAGAAUAGUAAUAUUAGGUACGUAGUGGAUGCAGGACUGUUGCGGACUAAGGCGAGGAAUGACAAACCCGCUUCCACGCGCGUAACUAGGAUGAACUAUUUCUUACAAUUGAAACUUUUAUAUAAACAUAUAUUUAUAUGAUUUGACACAUGGCCACUACAAGAAGAACUGCCGAUGGAAUAUAAAGCCUCCCUCGCCAGGGAAAAAAAGACAAUGGAGAAGCGGCCUGGUUGCACCCUUUCUGUUAGCGAACUUAAUCAAUCUGUGCGCGGCUAGGCUUAAUAGGAGAGCUACUGUCUACAGUUUGACCACACAUACAUACAUAUAUGGCAUAUAAUACCACACGCAAGAUGCAACAGUAGAGAGCUGCGUCGAGAGCGAAGCAUUGGUUUUGUGUCUCGGUUAAUAUUUAUUUGGCGCUACACGAUGCUGCUCCUCUGAAUGUGCAACGACGUAACCGCAGGGCCAAGCACCUACUACCGUGAUGAGAUGCUGCUCCACUGUUUCUUGUCGUUUUACAACAAGAGCUCUCUCUCUCUCUCUCUCUCGCAACUGUAAUCUAACAUUAAAACCAGAAGAAUUUGUCCCCAUUCCCAUGUGGGGAUCUGAUCGAUGAAAGACUGAAAAGAGGAGGAUGAUGCAAACUCAUUGGUGUGAAGAAGGCAGAAGUCGAAGGUGGAAGGUGAAAUUUGAAAAUGGCGCAUCUCAAAAUCGGAACACACACAGCGUUAAUUUUUAUAAUAUUAGUUCCUCAUACAUUGUGAUUACACUUAACAACUGCACGACGACGAUGGUGGACAACUGAUAUGUGUUUUGCUAACGAAAUCCAUAUCUUGUGUAGAUACAGAAACACACCCCCCAUCAUUCGGGGAGUGUAUAGCGGAUACAUUCGGUUUGUUUUUCCUCCUAUUUUUCAACGGACAAUUUGAAAGAUUUGUGAUUUGUGAAGGAGAAAUGUAUUACUUGCAAAACGAAAUAAUCUCGCCAAGACGAACGAUCGAACGAUGAUUUGACGACACGCAGUAUUCGAUGUAAAACGAUCCAAUUUUUAUGCACUAACCGGUGACGAAGUCAUUUAGCCUGCCCCGUCGUGUAUGUUCUGCCGGAAUUAUGUCGAUGUGUGUGAUCUAUGGGUGGGACACAUGACCACCCCAACCGAUAGCAUGGAGAUGAAAUCAACGCUCUAGCAGCAGAAGAACAGGAAGGAUGAAUAAUAUUCACAAGCGAGUGAGUGUUUAGUAAUAAUGUGAAACUUACUACUAAAGGACGGGCAGAAAGCUUAACACUACUGUCGUCCCCAAUACUACGAUGAAUGCGGAACGGAGAUAAAAAAAAACACGAGCAUUAAUUUGCUGCAUACACAAGAGAAAAAACAAAACAGCACAAAAAGUUAUGGAAAAAUAAACUAAUCGAUAAUAUUUUAAUGUUCCAGACACCAAGGAAUCAGAAACAAAACCCCCCAAAACACA